AUAUCAGAUAUUUCAAAACAACAGAAUAAUUUUGCGUUAUCGUGACAUGACAGUGCGUGCAGCGAUAUAAAGCCCAUGAGAUUGUAUUGGCCCUGCGUGCGAUGUGACGAUAAACUAGUCUUUUGUUGCUCUGUGACGCGACUAUCAGAUAAAAUGGAACAAUUAUCAGGUCUAAUGUCCGUUCUGGUGCUGUCCGUAAUUUGUCUAGCAGUAACAUUUACUACAGCACUCCCAGUUGCACUCGGGUCUUUAGGCGAGUACAACAGUGAAAUUGACGCUUCGGACAUAUUCGAUUCCUGCUCUUUAUGUUUGACAUAUAAUGAUGCACAAGAUUGCGCUUUGUGUUAUUUAGGAGCUGAUGACAACUCCGUUGAGAAAAGAUCAGGACAUUAUAACCCAUUGCUUAGAGGACAGUUCCCUAAAAAGAACUAUCAAUAUUAUAACCCAUUAUCCAGAGGAAGUUAUUUGAAAAAGUCGUACACUCCUAUGACAAGAGUUUAUCAUCCAUUUUUGAGAGGUGGCUACAGAGGACCAGUUCUACCACAAAGGAGCUAUUGGAACUUAGAUGAGGCGGCAGAACAGCCUUAAAUUUUAGGCCGUUAAUGUACAUUCCAUGUCGAUAAAUGUUCUUGUGCAAGUUGUUUAGAAUAAACGAAAAAUGUGAAUACUUAAAUGUGAAUUGGUUGAAUUAAAGAGAAAUAUAUUGAUAAAGAGAAUACUGAACACAUUAUAACACGGGGACUACACAUUUGAACUAUUUGGGUAAUCAAAUGCGAUAGCUUACGAUUUGUUGAAAAUCAUUAACAUUUACAAACAAAAUGUAAAAGUCAUCAAUCUGAGAUGCUAAUAACUUUCAUGGAAAGUGGCAAUUGAGCGAAGAAUAGAUUUGUGAAAGGAACAUGUUAACAGUGCAGUAGUAACUUUCAUCAGUGGUACAUUAAUAUUGCGUGUACAUGAUGUACACAUUUGAACUUUUGAAUCAUUAUAACAUGUAUCAAUAUUUGUUCCGAUUCAAAAACGUCCUUUUGGAAAUCAAAAACAAUAAUAAGCUGUAUUUCGUAUCUUAUUACUUUAAUAAUAAAUGUCAUUUUUAUGUCUGGGUCCGCAUCAAAGUUCUUGAAAUUUAUUCAAUAAACAAUUAGUUUUGUAAAAUUUGAAAAUUGCCUUUGUUACUCAUAUGUCUUGUGAUGAACAAAUAAAUCUAUUGUAUUAUAUGA